AUGAACUUGAAAAGUUCAAGGACGUUCCGACGCCGAACAAAGUCAAGCACGAUAAAACGAGGGGUGCCUCGGCGAGCUGCUUUCGGGCUGGCUCAUGGGAAGCGGGCGUGGCGUCGACGCCCUUCUAGCCCCAAAUUCCAGGGCCAAUCCAGUUGCAGUACUCUACAAUGUCAUCGUGGGCAAAUGGCGUUUCCGGAAUCUCUUCCUCGCGUCGCCGUUGUAGGGUGUGGCCAAUGGGGCCGGAAUCUCGUGCGGAAUUUCGCCAAACUGCGAGUCUUGGAUGCUAUUGUUGACGCGAUUCCGUCUCGUGCAGACAAGGCAGCAGAACAAAUCCGAUCGCAAGGCUACGAGAAUUCUGUCAAAGCCCGCGAUUGGGAGAGCGUCUUGGCCGACCACUCGAUUACAGCUAUUGUGCUCGCGACACCGGCUCCACAGCACGCCGACAUGGCGAUUGCAGCGUUGGACGCUGGGAAACACGUCUUCGUUGAAAAACCAUUGGCACUAACAGUUGCUGACGGCGAGCGCAUCCUGGACGCGGCUCGCAAGGCGAGAAGGAUGGUGAUGGCGGGCCACAGCUUCCAAUACCACCCGGCUUUUGUGAAGCUGAAGGCACUCGUCGACGAGGGACAGCUUGGUCGCCUGCGGCACAUCCACUCGCGCCGGCUGGGGUUUGGGCGCAUUCGUCAUGAGGAAGAUGUCUUUUGGAAUCUCGCUCCUCACGACAUCUCGAUGAUUCUCGCCCUGGUUGGCGUUGGCCAAUAUCCCACAGUGGUCCAGGCUCAGGGGAUCGGACACCUGCGCCCGCACAUUGCAGAUGUGGCCAGCGCCGAUUUGACGUUUGCCAACGGGCUGCGCGCGCAGAUUCUGGUGUCGUGGAUGUAUCCCGAAAAGGAGCGCAAGUUGAUUGUUGUUGGAGAGCGGGCAAUGGCUGUGUUUGAUGACUGUGAGCCAUGGGAACGGAAACUACGUGUGUUCCAUCACCAUGUCGACUGGACGACCGGAUUUCCAGAGCCCCUGAAAGGCGAGACCAAAAUAGUACAAGUACUCAUGGCAAGCGGAGGGGGCGAACCGGAACCAGAAGCGCUGGCAUACGAAUGCGGCCAUUUCCUCGACUGUAUCCAGAGCGGCACAGAGCCUCUGACCGGCCUUGACGAAGCCCUGCCUGUUAUCCGCGUCCUCUGCGCGGUGGGCGAAAUAUUGCGCCAGGGCCAGAAGCCUGCCACGACUUCCACAUCUGCCAGUCUCAGCCCCGUGUUGCUGGCAGGAAGCAUCUCCGAGGACAAGGCAACAUGCACACCGGUUGGUGAGAAAGUGAAGAUUCCCAUUAUCGACCUUGCAGCUCAGAAAUGUAGGAUCAAGGACCGUCUGCGCGGGAUGCUUGCCAAAGUCCUCGACCACAUGCAGUUCGUAAUGGGCCCCGAAGUGGCAGAACUCGAGAACCGGCUCUGCGCAUACUCGGGCGCUGCCUCCGCUAUCACCUGUGCCAGCGGCACGGAUGCGUUGACGCUUGCGCUGUUGGCCCUGCGAGUGCAGCGAGGGGAUGCCGUGUUGGUUCCAGCCUUCACAUUUGUUGCAACCGUUGAGCCUGUGGUGCUGCUUGGUGCUGUGCCGGUAUUCGUCGAUGUCGAUCCCGAUAGCCUCACCAUCGACCCGGCCCUGGUCAAUGCAGGUGUUGCCGCUGCCCGCGAGGCAGGGCUGCGGCCAGUGGGCAUUAUCGCCGUGGAUCUUUUUGGCUAUCCCGCCAACUAUGAGGCCCUGCGCUUGGCUGCCGCAAGUGCACAAACAGAGAGCCUCUGGAUCAUCGCUGAUGCCGCCCAGAGUUUCGGUGCCAGCGUAGAUGGCCGCCGCGUUGGUACCUUGGCAGAUAUCACAACGACAAGCUUCUUCCCAUCAAAGCCGCUGGGUUGCUAUGGGGAUGGUGGCGCUGUCUUUACCGACAACGCAGAACUUGCUGCCAUACUACGAUCCUUACGUCUGCAUGGGCAAGGUGCGGAAAAGUUCGACAACGUUCGAGUUGGCUUAAACAGUCGGCUUGAUACCCUCCAGGCCGCCGUUCUACUUUGCAAGCUUGAUAUUUUAGGAAACGAGAUUGACUCCAGACAGCAAGUUGCAUCGCUUUACACUAGCAUUCUGCAAAACGCAGAUAUAGCACGCCCGCCUGUCCUGCGCGAAGGCGUUAUUUCGGCAUGGGCGUCAUACACAAUACGCACUACAGAACGUGCUUGCCUUGAGGCUCGUCUGAAGGCUCAGGGCGUUACAUCGGCCAUAUACUACCCCCGUCCUAUUCACAAACAACCCGCAUACCAGGCCUAUCCUGUCGCAAACGGGUCGUGUGCAGUCGCUGAGUGUGCUUGCAGCGAGGUUUUAAGCAUCCCUAUGCACCCCUAUCUCGAAGACAGCACACAAAAGCACAUUCUGGCAGCUAUGGACCACUGA